AUGACUCGGGUCUUGGUUGUAGCACUCGCCGUGACUAUAGCCAUAUGUUUCACACCGUGUCACGGCCUCUUACUCGAUACACCUCGUUAUAAUUCGACCGCGGAAUUCCUGGGAACUCACAACAAAGCAAGAGCCGCAGUUGGGGUUGCCCCUCUCAAAUGGAACACUACCCUGGCCGAUCACGCUUUCGACAUAGCAUGGUCCAUGAUCACUGACGAAAUGGGUGAAUGCCAAGAUUCUUUGGACCCGAAGAGCCUCCAUGCAACGGCGUAUGACUUCGGUAGCUACAACAUGCACUGGGAUCAUAAUCAAUCAGUGACGUCGGGCAGGGUGGUGGAGAGGUGGGUGGCGAUGAAGAAGUACUACAACUACGCCAGAAACUCGUGCGUGCGCAACUUUAACUGCGCAUCGUAUACGCAGGUGGUGUGGAGGAAGUCCUUGGAGUUGGGUUGUGAUCAGGUAAGAUGUUUGGUAAGCGUAGGGAUUACUAAUGGUGUAACCAUCUGUGUUUAUAGUCCUCCUGGAAAUAUUCCAGGGGAGAAACCAUACUAG